CAGAACCAGAACCAGAACCAGAACCGGACCUCAGCCCAGCGCAGACAUGCCGCAGGUGGAAAUGAUCCUGUUCCUCAUCCUCAUUAUUGGGAUGUGCGUGUUCGGCCAGGACCCGGCGUCCAAGGUGGUGUCGGACCGCUACGCUGUCUUCUGGAACCGGACCAACCCAAAAUUUUACCGGGGUGAUUACCACAUCGACGUCUGCAUCAACGACUACCUUGACGUCUACUGUCCGCACUACGUGAGCCCGGUGUCGGACGAUCGGGCCGAGCGCUACGUCCUCUACAUGGUGAACUACGACGGCUACAGCUCCUGCGACCACACCGCCAAGGGCUUCAAGCGCUGGGAGUGCAACAGGCCUCUGUCGCCCAACGGGCCGCUCAAGUUCUCCGAGAAGUUCCAGCUCUUCACUCCGUUCUCCUUAGGCUUCGAGUUUCGCCCCGGCAGAGAGUAUUAUUACAUCUCCUCCAUCACCGACGUCAGAGGAAGGAGRAGCUGCCUUCGGCUCAAGGUCUUCGUCAGGCCCCAAAACAAUUGUGUGAAAAACUCUGGGAGCUCGCAGGAAGGAGUCGAAUUUGACGAGAACAGUCACAACUCACUUGAACCCAGAGAUGGAAUCAAUCACGAGUCGCCGGAACCAGCCAGGCAGGACGUGAACUCUGCCGGUCGGCGGCGGUUUUCCAUCCUGCUGCUCAGCUCUGCCCUGAUGCUCCUGGCAGCCAUUUUGUCUUUAUAGCGGCCGAGGCUCCUCACCGGGGAAAGGACUGUCCUGGUUGGACCACAGCUCGCCGCUCUACACCUCCCUCUUUAAGGAGCACUUUUUAAAGAAAUUUAAAAAUAACAGAGGAGAAUCUCUCUGUUUGACAGGGGAAGAGACUUCGACAAGCGAAGCCUUUUGCUUGUUUUCGUCGACUUUGUGACUCUUCGCGGCGGAAGAGCCUCGCUGUAAUCCACAGCACGCCGAUACUUUCACCGUUAUUUUUAAAACGUUCCCUCUCGGGACACCGUCCGUCUACACAAACGCGACACUAAUUAGCUCGAGUAGCAACGAAGCACAGCAGGAUCCUGAAAAAAGUUUACAGACAUUUUUUUUCCCUCCCCUUUCUUGUGGUUUUUUUUUUUUUUUUUUUGGGAACUACGUGUCACUUCGCUGCGGGAGGAACAAUGGCGGACGCUGCUGCUGUGAUGACUUAACCUUCCUCUCAGGUUAGAAAGGACACAUCGUCACGGACUGUGGAGCCGUUAGAAAAAAUAUUAAGGAAGCACUCAUCUCUUAGUGUUUGGACAGAAUCAAUUUAAUGAUCAAUUAAUGCAUUUAUUUGUCGUUUUUUUAUUUUUUUUUAUUUUAUUUACCAUGUAAUUGUAGCAGCCAACACGGGUGUACAGUAAAGUAUUUGAACGGAGUCCAGGCAAAAUGGUGGACUCCUUGACCAUUUUGCCUGGACAAGGAGUUUUACCAGGCAAAAUGUUAUUUUCCUAUUUAUUGUGCUUUUUUUCUGUUCUGGUUUAGUCUGCAAGUGCAGUUAGAACGGUAAUAAAAACAAAAACCCAUCACAGGAUGUUGGCUCAUACUACACUUACGUUUGGAAAAACAAAAAAGGGAAAAAAAUAAGAGUUUGUGUCCGUUUUGGAAUGAUCACAUGUGAUGGAUCUAGUUGUUUUUAACAAAAGUUUAGGAAAAGAAGAAGAGACUGGUGUGCAUCAGGGUGUAGAAAUCGAGUAUUUGUGUUUUGAAUUUGCCACUGAUGAAUGUCACGAACGUAGUUUUGCUGUUACACUCUUGUUUUCGUGGAUCACUAUUUACACCGCUACUGUAAAUACAGGCAAAUUUAAAAUUCAGGGAUGUAUCCGUGCCGAACAUGAGAUCAAUAAAAAGAACAGCUUUUUAUGCCAAUCUAGAGGGAAAUUCCCCUUGAUUAAUACAAAAGUACGGAACUCAGCAAGGGCCAAUUGCCAAAAAAAGAAACAAAAAGGAUGAAGGUGGGGAAAUAGUUUAAACUAUUGGUAAAUUGC